AUAAACCCACAACUUUUGUUACCCAUGGAUAUUUCAAGCAAAAUCUCUGAAACCUGCAAGUCUUAUUCCAUGCGAGCUGAAAGGGUGGAGCCAUCUUCAUCGUCUGAAGGGGGCAUUGGACGCCGGGCUGUUCACUCCGAUGAGGAAGUUCUUUUACUAGCAACCAACAGGCCUAAGAAACGUGCAGGGAGGAGAGUAUUCAAGGAGACGCGCCACCCGGUUUUUAGAGGCGUUCGAAGAAGGAACAAUGAUAAGUGGGUAUGUGAAUUGCGGGAGCCUAAUAAAAAGACUCGUAUUUGGCUCGGAACCUAUCCCACCCCAGAAAUGGCUGCUCGGGCACAUGAUGUAGCUGCAUUAGCAUUCAGAGGAAAAGCUGCCUGCCUGAAUUUCGCCGACUCUGUUUGGAGAUUGCCUAUUCCGGCUUCAAACGAUGCCGCCGAUAUCCGGAGAGCAGCAGCUGAGGCGGCCGAAGCAUUUAGGCCUCAAGAACUCUCGGGUAGCUACGCCAGGCAGGGAAGUCUCAAGGCUUCCGAUAGUGAAGUUUCCAGCAGCGACGUUAACAAGAAAAAAUGGGCAGUUGAAAGCGAGUUUUCGACGGAGAAAGUUGACUUCGUGGAUGAGGAAGAAAUGUUCUACAUGCCGAAGCUGCUGGAUAGCAUGGCUGAAGGGCUUCUACUCUCUCCGCCGAGGAAUCACGAUGAAGCCGACAGUGAUUUCGAUAUGUCUUUAUGGAGUUAUUCAGUCUGAUCACCUUGUCGGGACUAAAUGUACAAAGUAGUGCAAGUGUUUGUGUAAUAUAUUGUUUUCUU